AUGUUAUCCAUUAACGAUGUUGCUAACAGAUACAAAUUUCAAUCAAGUCUUGAUGCUGAAUUGAGCCAAUAUAACUCGUCGUUAUCAAGAACUCCAGCUUCAGUUGAUAGCCUAUCGCCAUCUAUUACAAUCCCUCCAAUUUCACAGCCAACCGAAUUUUUGCGUGCCCACACUGAUGAUGAAACCAAUCCAGAUUGUUCAAUCAAAAUUGCCCAUGGUACAACUACCCUAGCGUUUCGUUUCCAGGGAGGCAUCAUUGUCGCUGUUGAUUCUAGAGCAACUGCAGGUAACUGGAUUGCAUCACAAACCGUUAAGAAAGUCAUUGAAAUCAAUCCAAUGUUGCUAGGUACUAUGGCUGGUGGUGCUGCCGACUGUCAGUAUUGGGAAACCUGGUUGGGUUCCCAAUGUAGACUGCAUGAACUAAGAAAUAAAGAGAGAAUCACCGUUGCGGCAGCUUCAAAGAUAUUGUCAAAUUUGGUGUAUAAUUAUAAAGGUAUGGGCUUGUCGAUGGGUACCAUGGUCUGUGGUUGUACACCAAAGGAGGGACCAACCAUCUAUUAUGUGGAUUCCGAUGGUACUAGACUAAAGGGUGACUUAUUUUGUGUUGGUUCCGGUCAAACGUUUGCAUAUGGUGUCCUAGACUCGAAUUACAAAUGGGAUCUAACGGUUGAAGAAGCUUUAUAUCUAGGAAAGAGAUCUAUUUUAGCAGCAGCUCACAGAGAUGCCUACUCCGGUGGCUCCAUUAACUUAUACCAUAUAACUGAAGAAGGAUGGAAAUACCAUGGUAACUACGAUGUUGGACCUCUCUUCUGGGAGAUAAAAGAAAAGGAAGGCUCAUUCAAUAAUGUCAAUGCAUAA